AUGGUGCGCAUGAGUGUCCUGGCUGACGCUCUGCAGAGCAUCAACAACGCCGAAAAGCGAGGCCACCGCCAGGGUCUCAUCAGGCCGCGCCCCAAAGCCGCCGGCCGGUGUCCGACUGCGAUGGUGAAGCACAGUUACGUUGGCGAAUUUGAAACGAUGGAUGGCCACAGAGCUGGGGAAAUAGUUGUGAACCUCACAGACAGGUUGAAGGAGUGGCGCAAUCUGCCCCAGGUGUGA